AUGGCCGCGAAGUCGGAUGGAGCGGUGGCCGCGGCCGGCCCGGGGCCGGAGGGGGCGGCCGGAGGACCCCGGGGCAGUGCAGGAGGGCGCGGGGAGGCUCGCUACGAGCUGCGGGACUGCUGCUGGGUGCUGUGCGCGCUGCUCGUGUUCUUCUCCGACGGCGCCACGGACCUGUGGCUGGCGGCCUCCUAUUACCUGGAGGGUCAGCACACCUACUUCGGCCUCACGUUGCUGUUUGUGCUCCUGCCCUCGCUUGUCGUGCAACUGCUCAGCUUCCGCUGGUUCGUCUACGACUAUACGGAGCCCGCGGGGGCCCCGGGACCAGCCGUCAGCACCAAGGACAGCGGUGCCGGCGGGCCGGUCAUCAGCACCAAGGACAGCGUCGUCGCCUUCCGGACCAAAGAAGGCAGUCCUGAGCUGGGUUCCCGACCCGCGCCCUCCUCGGCCAGCACCUACCGCCGCCGUUGCUGCCGCUUCUGCGUCUGGCUGCUGCAGACCCUCGUCCACCUACUGCAGCUCGGCCAGGUCUGGAGGUACCUGCGCACCGUGUACCUGGGGCUGCAGAGCCGCUGGCGCGGGGAGCGGCUGCGGCGCCACUUCUACUGGCGGAUGCUGUUCGAGAGCGCCGACGUGAGCAUGCUGCGCCUGCUGGAGACCUUCCUGCGCAGCGCGCCGCAGCUCGUGCUCCAGCUCAGCCUGGUGGUGCACGAAGGCGGCGCGCCCAGACUGCUGCCCGCCCUGUCCAUCUCCGCCUCGCUCGUGUCCCUGGCCUGGACGCUGGCCUCCUACCAGAAGGUGCUGCGGGACUCACGGGACGACAAGCGGCCGCUGUCCUACAAGGGCGCCGUGGCCCAGGUGCUGUGGCACCUGUUCGCCAUCGCGGCCCGCAGCCUGGCCUUCGCGCUCUUCGCCAGCGUCUACAAGCUCUACUUUGGCAUUUUCAUCGUGGCCCACUGGUGCGUCAUGACCUUCUGGGUCAUCCAGGGUGAGACGGACUUCUGCAUGUCCAAGUGGGAAGAAAUCAUCUACAACAUGGUCGUGGGCAUCAUCUACAUCUUCUGCUGGUUCAAUGUCAAGGAGGGCCGCAGCCGCCGCCGCCUGGCCCUCUAUUACUGCAUUGUCCUGCUGGAGAACGCCGCGCUCACCGGCUUCUGGUACUCCAGCCGCAACUUCUCCACCGACUUCCACUCACUCAUCCUGGUCUGUGUGGUGGCCUCCAGCUUCGCGCUGGGCGUAUUCUUCAUGUGUGUCUACUAUUGCCUCCUGCACCCCAACGGGCCCAUGCUGAGUCCCCAGGCCCCCGGCUGCAUCUUCCCUAAGGCCCCAGGGCCCUGUGGCCCACCAGCUGAUGCUGUCACAAGUCCCCCAAGGUCCCUGCCCAGGACUACAGGCCCUGAGCGGGAUGGGGCCUCCGUGGGAGGCGAGCGUGCGGGGACCCCCACGCCACCUGUCUUCCAGGUGCGGCCUGGCUUGCCUCCCACACCUGUGGCCCGCACCUUGCGGACAGAGGGGCCUGUCAUUCGGAUUGACCUGCCUCGGAAGAAGUACCCCGCCUGGGAUGCUCACUUUAUUGACCGCCGGCUCCGGAAGACCAUUCUGGCGCUGGAGUACUCCUCACCCACAACACCCCGCCUGCAGUACCGGAGCAUCGGGACCUCCCAGGAGCUGCUGGAGUAUGAGACCACCGUGUAGGCCAGAGUUCCCCGCGAAAAGGGUGAACUUUGGCUGAUCCCACAUCGACCACAGUGUUGAGCCCAGAAUUGCAGGGCCACCAGGCUGAGGGCG